GCGGCGGCGCCCACGGUGGAUCGCGCAGGGAGGCGCGCGCGGGGCAGGGAGCCGCGGCCGCUGGAGCGCGGGAUGGGGAAGAGUCGCGAGAUGCGCCUGGCUCGCCUCUGCUGCUGCUGCUGCCUCCUUUACCAGCUGGGGGUCUUGUCGAACGGGAUGGUUUCAGGGCUGCAGCUCGCCCCGGACCGCGAGGAGUGGGAAGUCGUGUUUCCUGCGCUCUGGCGCCGGGAGCCGGUGGACGCCGCGGGCGGCAGCGGGGGCAGCGCCGACCCGGGCUGGGUGCGCGGCGGCGGAGGCGCCCGGACGCAGGCGGCCGGCAGCUCCCGCGAGGUGCGCUCCGUGGCUCCGGCGCCCCCUGAGGAGCAGGCGGAGGGCCCGUCCGAGCCCGGGCCCCGGCCCUCGCCACCGCCCGGGGGCGAGGAGGACGAAGAGCUCGAGUCGCAGGAGCUGCCGCGGGGAUCCGGCGGGGCUGCCGCCCUGUCCCCAGGCGCCCCGGCCUCGUGGCAGCCGCCGCCGCCCCCGCUGCCGCCCCCGUCCCCGCCCCCGGCCCCGCACGCCGACCCGGAAGGCGACGAGGUGCUGCUGCGGAUCCCGGCCUUCUCCCGGGACCUCUACCUGUUGCUCCGGAGGGACGGCCGCUUCCUGGCGCCGCGCUUCGCGGUGGAGCAGUGGCCGAGCCCCGGCCCGGGUCCCACGCGGGCAGAAGCCGCCCCGCGCCCUCCCGCGCCGCCCGACGUCGCCUGUUUCUACACCGGGGCGGUGCUGCGGCACCCCGGCUCCCUGGCCUCGUUCAGCACCUGCGGAGGUGGCCUGAUGGGAUUCAUACAGCUCAAUGAGGACUUCAUAUUUAUUGAACCACUCAACGAUACAGUGGCGAUAACGGGUCACCCACACCGUGUAUAUAGGCAGAAAAGGUCCAUGCAGGAGAAAGUCACAGAGAAGCCAACUCCUCACAGUCAUUACUGUGGUAUCAUUUCAGAUAAAGGAAGACCUAGAUCUAAAAAAAUAACAGAGAGUGGAAGAGGGAAACGAUAUUCAUACAAAUUACCCCAAGAAUACAACAUAGAGACUGUAGUGGUUGCAGACCCAGCAGUGGUUUCCUAUCAUGGAGCAGAGGCAGCCAGGAGAUUCAUUCUAACCAUCUUAAAUAUGGUUUUUAACCUUUUCCAACACAAGAGUCUUGGUGCGCAGGUCAAUCUCCGUGUGAUAAAGCUUAUUCUGCUCCAUGAAACGCCAGCAGAUCUAUAUAUUGGGCACCAUGGGGAGAAAAUGCUGGAGAGUUUUUGUAAGUGGCAACAUGAAGAAUUUGGCAAAAAGAAUGAUAUACAUUUAGAGAUGUCCACAAGCUGGGGAGAGGACAUGACUUCCGUGGAUGCAGCUGUUCUUAUAACAAGGAAAGAUUUCUGUGUACACAAAGAUGAACCAUGCGAUACUGUUGGUAUAGCUUAUUUGAGUGGAAUGUGUAGUGAAAAGAGGAAAUGUAUUAUUGCUGAAGACAAUGGUCUAAAUCUUGCAUUUACAAUUGCUCAUGAAAUGGGUCACAACAUGGGCAUUAAUCAUGACAAUGACCACCCGUCAUGUGCUGACGGUCUUCAUAUCAUGUCUGGUGAAUGGAUUAAAGGACAAAACCUUGGUGAUGUUUCAUGGUCCCGAUGUAGCAAGGAAGAUUUGGGAAGAUUUCUAAGGUCAAAGGCCAGUAACUGCUUGCUCCAGACACAUCCCCAGAGCGUCAAUGCCGUGAUGGUCCCCUCCAAGCAGCCCGGGAUGACGUACACCGCUGAUGAGCAAUGCCAGAUUCUUUUUGGGCCACUGGCUUCCUUUUGUCAAGAGAUGCAGCAUGUUAUCUGCACAGGGUUGUGGUGCAAGGUGGAAGGUGAGAAAGAAUGCAGAACCAAGCUGGAUCCCCCGAUGGAUGGAACUGACUGUGACACUGGUAAGUGGUGUAAGGCUGGAGAAUGUACCAGCAGGACCUCAGCACCUGGACAUGUGGCCGGAGAGUGGAGCGUGUGGAGCCCCUGCAGCCGAACCUGCAGUGCUGGGAUCAGCAGUCGAGAGCGCAAGUGUCCUGGGCUAGGUUCUGAAGCAAGGGAUUGUAAUGGUCCCAGAAAACAAUACAGAAUAUGUGAGAAUCCACCUUGUCCUGCAGGUUUGCCUGGAUUCAGAGACUGGCAAUGUCAGGCCUAUAGUGUUAGAACUUCGUACUCAAAGCAUGUACUUCAGUGGCAAGCUGUCAUGGAUGAAGGAAAACCAUGUGCCUUGUUUUGCUCACCUGUUGGAAAAGAACAGCCUAUUCUUCUGUCAGAAAAAGUGAUGGAUGGAACUUCUUGUGGAUAUCAGGGACUGGAUAUCUGUGCAAAUGGCAGGUGUCAGAAAGUCGGCUGUGAUGGUUUUUUAGGGUCUCUUGCAAGGGAAGAUCAUUGUGGUGUAUGUAAUGGCAAUGGGAAAUCGUGCAAAAUCAUUAAAGGAGAUUUCAACCACACCAGGGGAGCAGGUUAUGUGGAAGUGCUGGUGAUACCCGCCGGGGCACGAAGAAUAAAAGUGGUGGAGGAGAAGCCGGCCCACAGCUAUUUAGCUCUCCGAGACACUGGAAAACAGUCUAUCAAUAGUGACUGGAAGAUCGAACACUCUGGAGCCUUCACCUUAGCCGGAACUACUGUUCAUUACAUAAGAAGAGGCCUCUGGGAGAAGAUCUCCGCCAAAGGUCCUACUACGUCACCUUUGCACCUCCUGGUGCUGCUGUUUCAAGACCAGAAUUAUGGUCUUCACUAUGAAUACACGAUUCCAUCAGACCCUCCUCCAGAAAAUCAGAGCUCUAAAGCACCUGGACCACUUUUCAUGUGGACACACACAGGCUGGGAAGAUUGUGAUGCCACGUGUGGAGGAGGAGAAAGGAAGACAACAGUGUCUUGCACAAAAAUCAUGAACAAAAAUAUCAGCAUUGUGGACAGCAAGAAAUGCAAAUACUUAACCAAGCCAGAGCCACAGAUUCGCAAGUGCAAUGAGCAGCCAUGCCAAACUAGAUGGAUGAUGACAGAAUGGACCCCGUGUUCACGAACUUGUGGCAAAGGGAUGCAGAGCAGACAAGUGGCGUGUACCCAACAAUUGAGCAACGGAACCCUGAUUCGGGCCCGGGAGAGGGACUGCGCUGGGCCCAAGCCGGCCUCCGCCCAGCGCUGCGAGGGCCAGGACUGCAUGACCGUGUGGGAGGCGGGGGUGUGGUCAGAGUGCUCCGUCAAGUGUGGCAAAGGUGUCCGUCAGCGGACCGUGAGGUGUACUAACCCCAGAAAGAAGUGCGUCCUUUCCACCCGACCCACGGAGGCCGAGGACUGUGAGGAUUACUCCAAAUGCUACCUGUGGCGAAUGGGUGACUGGUCUAAGUGCUCAAUUACCUGUGGCAAAGGAAUGCAGUCCCGUGUUAUCCAGUGCAUGCACAAGGUCACAGGACGACAUGGAAAUGAAUGUUUUUCUUCAGAAAAGCCUGCAGCAUACAGGCCAUGCCACCUUCAGCCCUGCAAUGAGAAGAUUAACGUAAAUACCAUAACAUCACCCAGGCUGGCUGCUCUGACUUUCAAGUGCCUAGGAGAUCAAUGGCCUGUGUACUGCCGAGUGAUACGCGAGAAGAACCUGUGUCAGGACAUGCGGUGGUAUCAGCGCUGCUGUGAGACGUGCAGGGACUUCUAUGCCCAAAAGCUGCAGCAAAAGAGUUGACCUCUAGCAGGCUGGCUGGCUCACAGCUCUUUGCAAUUACAUUAUUUAUAGACACACACACUAGCAUGUUUUUCAGACCAAAUAUUAUCAGAUUACAUAUAAUUUAAUCAAAUUAAUUUAUUUUGGGGCCUGCCUAACAUCAAUAUGGUGCUUAUUUUGGUAAUACAAACAUUGUGAUUUAUA